AUGGCGCCAUCAGGCGCCGCCAAGAAGCCGUACUGGGGCUGCAGCAAGUGCGGCUUCGCGACGAACUGGGCGAACAACCCGAAGUGCCACCAGUGCGGCAACGGCGCGCCCUACAAGGUGCUCGCGCGGCUGGCUGGCGCUUGCGACGACGACGGCGCCGUUGGCGCCUCAGGGGCGAAGCCCAAGCCGAAGGCGAGGGCGAAGGCUGCCGCCGCCGGCGCCUCUGGCGAGGCGAAGCUGCGGCAGCAGCUGGACGCCGCCAACCGCAAGCAUGCCCAGGACCUCCAGAAGCUCAAAGGCGAGUUGGAGCAGCUGCGGAAGGACCGGGCUGCCGGCGACCAUCGUGCGGAGCCCGCACCUGGCGGCAUGGACGUCGACGGCGACAAUGAGAAGGGCAAGGCAGUCGCCUUGGCCCGCGACCGGCUCAAGAAGGCGCAGAAUAUGCCGCUGGAGUUGCGCGACUUGGUCGCCGGGGGCUACGACGCCUGCAUCGCGAAACUCCAGGACGACCUCGCUGCUGCGCAGGCGGCGCGGCGGGCAGCCAAUCCUCUCAGCAAGCAGCUGGAGGUGGCGGAGGCCCACAAGACGCGCAUGGCCAAGAAGCUUGCUGAAGCCCAGUCGGCUCUGCAGGCUCGGGAGGCUGAGCGCGAGGAGCUGGACAAGAAGAUCCAGUCGCAGCAUGCGGCGGUUGCCGAAGCCGAGGCCGCAGCGGCCAAGGCCACUGCGGAGGUCGCCGCCCUGGCGGCCCAGUACGCCUCGGAGCGUGCGCCCGCCGGUGCAGCCGCGCCCGCACCUGCUGAGCCGGCCGCCGUGCGGCUCCCGGCCGCAGCCCCGGCCGGCUACGUCGCCGUCGCGUACGCGGAGGAGAAGUGGCGUGAGCGCGAAGCUCACUUUGAGCAGCAGCUUGCACACCUCCAGGCGCUGGUGGCCGCUCAGGCCGCUGAGAGCGCCAGCGCCGCCUCGGAGGGGGCACCCAGCGUCGUGGCCGACGACCUCGCCUCCGUCGACGACCUGGCGGGCGACGACGACAAAUGGAGCCAGGUCUGCCGCGCCAAGCGGAAAGCGCUCCUCCGCCGGGAGCGUGAUGCCUUGGCCGGCAAGAUCCGGACGGGUCUGGGCAAGGUGUCCACCGUCGCGUCGCCCUUCGUCAAGAAGCUGCGGCGCAUGGCGCCCAAGCCGCGGGGCGGGCUGCUGCCAAGGAGCUUCCGUGUGCGGCCGAUGCGGGCGGAGGAUCGGACACGGGGUCGGUUGGGACCGACGGGCCUGGCGCGGGCCAAGGUGCAGCCAGGAGCGCAGUUGCGGCCCCCUGGCGGCCUUGCGCGGGCCGUGAGCGGGGGGAUUCAGACCCCUGUCGUCACAGCUCACGGCCCCGCCGGGGACGCGGCUGCCACGAAGCCGCCGCUGGGGCUGUCGCCGAGGCCGCCCGAGGCGCCAGCGGCAGUCGGCGACGGCGGCUAUGUCACCCUGUCCGGGGCCUCCGCCGGGGCCUCCGGGGCCGUCCCCGGGGCCCCUGGGGCCGCCGCCCGGGCCUCCUUGACCACCUCGGGUUCCCGCCCCGGGCUCGCGUCCACGCAGCCGCCGCUGGGGCCGCCGCCGAGGCCGCCCAGAGCGCCGGGGUCGCCGCUGCGGCCGGCCGCAGGGCUGCUGGCCAGGCUGACGAGGGGCUUCUGGACGCGGCCGAGUGCGGGUUGCCGGACCGCGCCCCCGGCAACCGCCCUUGCCAGGACAAGGUUGUUGCGCCUCAUCCUCUUCUUCGCGGCCGUCGUCCGCAUUGGCGAGGCCGCUCACCCUGGCCCGACCCUCCAGGGCAUCGGUGAUGAGGAGUGGGAUUUUGAUGCGGUCGUCGAGGAGGCGAUCUCCGCCCCCGCGGACGUCCUGGACCCCUUCCCUGAGCCUCCAGACGGCCCGGUUGCCGCCCAUGUGCUCGAGGGCGCCGUCCCUGUCUUCGACGCGCCCUUCAUAGCCAGCCAGCUUACCGCAUGGCGACAGGCGGAGCAGAUGAUGAGUAUUGGUCCGCCACCUCGUGCGGUUCAGCGGGAGCGCCGCGGACGUCCUGCUGAUCUCCGUGAUGCCGACUUCGGCCCCGAAGCCGUCACGGUUCCGGCUGCUCAGUUCUGCGGCUCCCACCCCGGCUUCUACUAUGGCACCUCCGGGGGCACUCUCGGCUAUCAUCGGGAUCGUGGUGGUCCCCUCCAGCCGCCGCCUGCUGCUGCAGCCGCUGGCAGGCCGCCAGAGUCGGAAGUGCGCACGCCCUCACUGGCGGCCUUGAUUGACUGGCAGCCGCAGGUCGGCAUUGAGGACACGCAUCUCCGUGCCCGCGGGGCGUGGACCAUCGAUACGGCCAAUGCGAAUUGUUGGGACACGUGCCUCAACAAGGUCAUCCAUCGGACGUCCGCCGACGUGCUGUUAGUCCAGGAGCAUAAAAUCCACACCGAGCUCAGGCUGGAGUCUGCCCGCCGGGCUGCGCAGACAGCUGGCUGGAGGUCGCAUCUCGACCUUGCGCACUCCACUGCUUUAGAUCGCGCUUCCGGCGGAGUUGGUGUUCUCUGCCGUCGGCGCGUCGGGCUGCACCCGCACGCUGGCCUCGUCGCCGACGGCAUGCAGCAUCGGUUGCAGGCGGCCUGGCUGGGAGCUGUCAUGAAAGGCGGCCUCCACCUCUGCAGCAUCUGGCUCUUCCACAGCCAGGGCGUCUCGGAGGCCAACCUGCACGUCCUCGCGGAGGCUGCUGCGCUGCUCGGGGCGCUGUCGGGGCCGUGGGUCAUCGCGGGGGACUGGAACAUCACGCCGGAGAUGCUCACGGCGACCGGCUGGCUUGACAUCGUCAAGGGUCGCAUUAUCUCGCCAGCGACUCCUACGUGCAACGGAUCCACUUACGACUUCUUCGUCGUCAGUCGCUGCAUCGCUCAUGCUGUCCUCGGGGUCAGCCGGAUCGACGACGGAGGGUUCACCCCGCAUUUCCCCACCAGGUUGUAUUUGGCUGGCGAUGCUCGCCGCAAGGCGGUCCGCAGACUAGUGCGACCUCGCCGCAUUGACGGGGAGCUCCCUCAUGGGCCUCUGCCGGAUCCUCCACCUGACACGUGGGAGUGCGGCGAGAUUGUCAACUUUACGCAGCUCGAGGCCGCCAUCGACAGCUGGCACCGCGCAGCACGCGGUACUUUCAGCUUGCUCACCAGCGUGCCUGCCCCGUGGUUCCGACCGCGGUUCCGCUGGGAGCCCGCCGCUGGCCGGCCUGCUCACAGACACGCUGGCGCUUCCGCCAUCGCUGUCGCCUGGCGGGGGUGCUCUGCGCAGGCUUUCGAGACCGCUGCCAUCCUCGGACGGUCGCAGCGGGCAGCUUCCGACGAGCUGCUGCUUGCUCGCCAUUGGUCCCGAGUGCUCGCCGCGGCGCAGCGCGCGGCCCACGCCCCCGGCGAGGUGCCUGAGGCCAUGCGCGCUUGGGCGGCGGCUUUCGGCCACGCGCGCUGCUCCCGUGGCCUCACCGCCCUGCGGUCCCUGGCUGCUCAGGCUGCUCUGCAUGCCCAGCGGAUCGAGGGAGCAGUGUCGAGGGCGCGCCUGGCCAGCUACCGUGACGCCCUUGCUGCCCCUGGCUGCCCCCGCGCGCCUCGUGCGUCGGCGUGCGCCCCAGGACGCCUCGCGUUCCGAUAUGUCCGUGGCGUCGGCGGCUGGGCGCGAUCCCCUGUAGGGGACUCCCGGUGCGAGGACGAUGUCCCUGAUUCGGACCCGCUGGAGCACGAGUGCGCCGAGGGGCGGAUCGAGGAGCUGAUGGAUAGCCGCGGACGCGCCGCCGUGGCACCCCUUUCCGAGCAGUCCGCGCUCGACCGCGAGGCCGAGGGCUGGGCUGAGCAGUGGGCGAUCCAGGAGGAGUACCAUGAGCCGCGCUUUCCCGAGCACUUGAUUUCGCAGCCCCAGCCGAUCACCUUGUGGAGCCUGGACCAGGCCAUUGCCUCUUUUCCGGUCGGCACGGGCCUCGGAGCUGACCACCUAGCGCCGCGGGCCCUCCAGCGCCUCCCCAUUGCGGCCCGCAUCAUGCUCAUCCACAUUUUGCUUGCUGCUGAGCGGCUCGGCGGGUGGACAUCCGCAUGCAACCUGGUGCUGAUCGUGCUGUUGCCCAAGCCUGACGGCGGCCUUCGGCCCAUAGGCUUGUUUCCCACUCUCAUCCGAGUGUGGAUGCGCACGCGGGCCCACGUGGCCCGGGCCUGGGAAGCAGCGCACGCCCUUCCAUCGGUGUUCGGCAGUGCUGGACGCGGCGCGCAGCGCGCGGCCUGGGCCGCAGCGUUUGCAGCCGAGGCGUCGGCCGCCUCCGCGCGCCACCACGUCGCCUCCCUCCUUGAUCUCGUCAAGGCGUUCGAGCGGGUGCCGCGCCACCUCGUUGCCGCGGCCGCGGCGCGAUUGAACUUCAAUUUGGUCAUCUUGCGGUUGUCGUUGGCGGCUUACCGCUUGGCUCGGGCCAUCGGCGUGGAGGGCACAUUUUCGUGCUUGCCCGUCGCCACUCGCGGCAUUACAGCCGGCUCCAGCUUCGCCACGCUGGAGCUCCAGAUGCUGUUGCAUGAGUCCAUGCUCAUUGCUACGAGGCGGUGGCCUUUGCUACGUAUGUACCUGUACGUCGACGACCUCACCAUCACUGCCAGCGGCUUCACCGAGGAGGCCUUGUUCGCCGUGGCGCGCGGCACGGAUUUCUUCGUGGGCAUGUUCGAGCGCUGCCUCAAGCUCACGGUGUCGACCACGAAGUCGUUCGCGGUCGCCUCGAAGCCCAGAUUGGCGGCAAAGCUGGCCAGCCUGACCCGACAGCGGCUUCUGGUGCCGAAGCGCAGUGUCAAGCUGCUGGGCACCCCUUUCGCCGCAGGUCGCACUCGUUCUGUUGGCGUCCUCAAGUGCCGCCUCAAAGAGUUCCGGAGGCGCAUUCCCCGGGUGCACGCCCUGCGCCGCCAGCGAGUGGAUGUCACCCGCGUGGUCAAAGCGAUGGGCGGCCCCAGCAUGCUCUACGGCAUUGACAUCGUUGGAGCCUCCAACACGCACCUCCACAGAGUCAGGGUCGCCGCACUCUGCGCAGCCUUGCCCCCGGGGGCGAGCCGCCAGGUGGACGUCGGCUUCGCCGUGCUGGAUGCCGGAGGCGCCGCGUUGGACCCAGCGUACGCCGCGCACGCCACGCCGUUACGACACUGGGGGUUGGCUUAUUGGCAGGAGUGGGCCCCGGCGCUGGACCUCGACUGCGUCUUCGAGGCGUCGCGGGAUCGGCUGGCCGUGAUCGCGGCGAGCGGCAGAUCACCGUGGGCCGCCGUUGCUGGCCCAGCGGCUGCUGUCAUUGCCACGGCCUGGCGACUCGGGUGGCGGCGCCCCUCUCCAAGACGCUUUUUGGAUGACUUGGGGGGGCCUGUGGAUUUCAUCCUCAUGUCGCCUGCCAUGGUGGCGGCCGCUGUGCACAGAUCUGUCGACAGGUGGCGCACCAAGCGCGUGGUCUCCGAGCUGCCCACCAUCGUCGACGGCCCGCCGGAUUUGCCGACCGCCCAGGGCGCCGACUCGUUCACGGUCCUCGUGGAGCGCCCCAUUGCGCGCCUCCUGAAGGGCCAGGGGCGGCCGCACCGCACCGUUCCGCAGUGGUCCCAGCAGUGCCGGUCGAUGCUGCUCUCCGCAGCUACCGGCGGCCAGUGGCCCCAGGUCCGCAUUGCCCGGUUGCGGGGUGCCGAUGGCGUCGAGGAUAGGAACUGCCAGCUUUGCGGCGCGGCGCUGGGCACGCUCUUGCACCGCCGCGUCUGCGAGGCGACGGUGCCGCCAGAUGGGUGGCCGCGCCCCCCGGAAGCGUGCCAGGGCUUCCUCUCCACGCUCUCGGAGGCCCGGGCCGCGCUCCUUCGCGCGCGCGGUUUCCUGGCGCUUCGUCUGCCGCGCCCUGUGGCACAGGACGAGGUCGCCGUUCGCUGGUUCACGACGCCGCCGGACGCAACCCGUGACGACCUAAUCUGGUACACUGAUGGGUCCAUGAAGUUCGGGCCGCUAUGGGAGCUCCGCCGGACUGGAGUUGGAAUCGCGGUCGUUUCCGAUCGUGGGGACCUCGUGGGCUUCGGCAGCGCUGUGCCUCCUCCCUGGAUUCGCGCAGCGGCGGCGGCGGAGCUGUGGGCCGUUUCGCUUGUGCUCGCCAUUGCCCUGGUGCCGCCCCGCAUCCGCACCGACUGCCAGUCCAUCCUCGCGGUCGCUGCGGCUGGCACGGCGUGCGCUGCCAAGCCCACGCGCUUGCUUGCGCAGGUCUGGUCGCGCGUGGCUACGCUGUUGGACGGCGACGUGUCGGAGCUGGUCACGUCCGGCCGGCUGACGUGGAUGCCAGCGCACGGCACUCCGGCCAGCAUCGGCGCAGCUAUGCGGUCCGACGGCGGCGUCGUUACCGCGGUGGACUGGCGUGCAAAUCGCUUGGUGGAUGCCGUCGCCAAGGCUGCUGCGGGGUGCCCGCCGGAGUGUGAUGCGGGCGCCCGGCUCCUCCGGGAGGCUGAGCUCCUCGUGGCACACGAGGGCGCGGUCCUGGGGGCUGUCACCCACGCCGCGAACCACCACAUUCGCGAGCUGGUCGGGCCUGGCGGCGCCAUCCGGCGCGUCACGGUGCGUGACGCGGCUGCCGUCCGGCGCCCGCGGGCGCUGGCGCGCCCGCCGCGGCACGCGCCGCCGGCACCGCAGCUGCCCGCGGGGGCGCCGCCCCCGCCCGCGGCGCUGCUGCCUGCCGCGGCCGCCGGCCGCCCGCGCGCGUUGGGGGCACGGCGCGCGGCGCAGGCCACAGCAGCUCGCGCGGCCUCUGCUGCGCGCGCCGCCGCUGCCGACGCGGCCACGCGGGCCAUCUGCGAGGCGCGAGCGGCCGCGGCACGGCCGUCCUCGGCGCCGCCGCCGGCCGAGCGGCUGGCUGCUCUCCGGGCGCGUGUCCUCGCCCGCCUCGGGCAGGGCGCCGCGGCCUAG